GUGGCUGGGCUUUGCUCUGAUUGGAGGAUGCAAUGGGAGCGUGCUCAGAGUGAAGAAGAUCUGCACUGGAGGCGUGGCCCACCAAGACGGGCGGCUCAGAGUGGGAGACAUACUUCUCGAGGUGAAUGGGAUAAUAGUAUCAGGUCUGAGCCACAGUAAGGUGGUGGAUAUCCUCCGUAAGGUAAAGGGAAACGUCCAGCUCAACAUCUGUAGAGACAUCAUACGACGGGCCAAUACAGCACCCUGCACUGAUGGUUUCUUCUAUAUGGCCUCUUGCCCUAGAGACAACAUGGCUGCAUGCCCUGGGUCAAAUACGGCCUCCUGUCCUGGAUCAGGAUCCAAUAUGGCCUCUUGUACUGGAUCCAAUAUGGCCUCCUGUCCUGGAUCAAAUAUUUCCCCUUGUCCUGGGUCAAAUAUGAUGACCUGCCAAGGCGUCAACAUGGGGGAUAAAGCAGAGCUUGUCUCUAAACCUGCUGCCUGCUUCUUACCUGAUGUCCAGCAGGAGGACCUUCCCCCUGAGUUGACUUCAGAUCCAGUACCUUAUGUAGAGGAGGAUGCCCCCCACUCUCCCCCCCAACCCUCUCCUCCCCAUCAUCCCGCACACCGCCUGCAGGCCCUGACAGAAGGCAUGGCUGGACAGGAGAGCUGUACCAGUAUACCCUCUCAUCCGGCUUGUUGCCUGUCUAGCAAGAGUGUGGCUAACUUGCUGCAUGAAGCCUCUGACAGGAACCAAAUCUCUGUGACGACAUUGGGCGAACCCAUCACGGGCAGCAAGAACAGCCAAUCAGAUGGCUGGAGCAGCGUGGAUGAGGAUGAUGGGGCGUUUGAAGCUAAUGGUCAGGAGGCGAUGUCACCUUCUUCAGGCCCCCCUAUAGUUUCAGAAGAAGAGUUGGCCAGCCUAGCCAUGAUCAGUCCAGCUAAAACCAGUCAAUACUCUGGGCCCAGAGUGAAAGCCCUGAUACAGAUACUACAACAUCAACUAGACCAGCAAGAACUGGUCCGAGAGUUCAUGGCCUUGGAGCAUCUACAGCCAUUUGAUAACCUUCUGGUGGGGAAAGCUCCUGAGAACCGGGAGAAGAACCUCUACCGGGACAUCCUGCCCUAUGAUAAGGCACGUGUUCUAGUGGGUGAUAACCAGGACUAUAUUAACGCCAGUUAUAUCCGUAUGGAGGUUGGCAGUGAGGAGUUAUUCUAUAUCUCCUGCCAGGGUCCUCUGCCCUCCACCGUGCCUGACUUCUGGCAGAUGGUCUGGGAGAACAGGUCUGAUGUGAUAGCCAUGAUGACCCAGGAUGUGGAGAGAGGCAGGGUUAAGUGUCACCGCUACUGGCCAAAGAAGGUUAGCUGUCCCCUGGACACGGGACCCUUCCAUCUCAGCUUGGAGAACCAGCAGAUCCAGGAAUACUUCCACAUCAAGAUCAUCCGCAUGGUGGAGAAAGAGUCUGGUAAGACCCACUUUGUCCAUCACCUGAAGUUUACCCGUUGGCCUGAUCACGGUGUGCCGCAGUGUUCAGAGCAGCUGGUCAGGUUUAUCCGUUACCUCCGAGCGGUCCACCAUAAAGGACCUGUCACUGUACACUGUAGUGCUGGAAUAGGACAAACAGGAGUACUGAUCUGCACCGAUGUCAUACUGAGUCUCAUAGAAUACGAUCUCCCGAUCAAGGUCAGUAGCAUUGUUAGGGAGAUGAGACUGCAGCGAUAUGGCAUGAUUCAGACCAAGGAACAGUACCUGUUCUGCUACAAGUUAUGGUUGGAGGUUCUACAGGGCAUCCUGCAGCUGCAUGGUAACCGAUGGCAUCCUGAGAGCCCCCGCAAAUUGCAACCCGAGAGCCCCCCGCAAACUUAUGGGCCCUCACAAACACAGUAGCCGAUGGCAACCCGAGAGCCCCCAUGAAGAUAACCAAUUUGUUUAACCAGUUACUUCCCACCUUCCCAAAGAAGAUACCUUAUCAAUGAAGAUGUGUAAUAUUUGAAUAGUUGACUGUGUAAGUUAUACAUUUGUUAGCAGUUUAAUUUGUUAUGAGCACUGUAAGUAUGUGUUUUAGCCAGCUACUUUAUUUGUUGUCAUGUCUAACAUGACUAUUAACAGUUGGCUAUAGCACAUAUAGAUGGAAGAUAUAGAUGGAAGACCAGGCUAUGUUUCUGCAGUGUUUUGAUAUUUGGGUUAUGCAUUUAUUGAUGGAGGUAGACAUUCUUACUGUUGGUUCUUUCUGUGUUCUCAAACUGUGAUUAUAGUAUUUAAAAAAUUGUAAAAUAAGUGCAUGUUAAUCAUUUAUUAAUUCUGUCCAUGACUGAAACCAAAAGUGAAUAGAAUCAAGUGCCUUGGAAAGACUUGCAGCUUUAUGUGACACUGAUUAAUAAUCCAGUUUUCUGGGGGUGAAUCCAAACAUGCGAUCUUGGAGUGCUAAGAGAUUCAUAUUUUUGUUUGUUUCACCCACAGAAACCUGGAAACCAGGUUUGAUUGAACAGUAACCUCAGUACAAAUGCUCUGUGUGAUUCUGAAAGGAAUGUCUGUCCGAUACUGAUUUUGUUCGAAUCUUGUUGUCCCAAAACUCUGAUUCACUGUGUGUGAAUUUUGCAGCACAGUAGUGAAACUCUAUUCAUUUUGCAGUCUAAUCUCUAUGACCACUGAGCAAGUGCUUGAAGUUUGAAAUAUAAUGGGGGUCAAAUGCACAAAAUCAUUGUACAGUAACAUCACCAUUGUAGUUGCAGUUUCAGUAGCAUGAUAAUAUGCUUUAACAUUCACUACCAGUACAGUAUAGCCUCGGUCUGAUCACUGAUCCUCCUAUUACCUUGGACCGUCAAAUAAGAGUUGUUCUGAAAUACUGCUUUGUUUCAUGGCGUCGUAAGGGCUGGAUCACAAUUAGAAACUGAUAUUUUUUAUUUGGUAGGUCACAGGUGCUGUCUGUAUAUGACAAGGCAGUUGGCUAUAGUAAUAUCUACAAGCAGAGAGAGUGAGAGAUUUACCUACAAGUGCUAACUGACAGAACAUGGAAAAGAGUCCCGUACUAGGCUUACUGAAGGGUAAAUAAGUGUGUCUCAGAGGGGCCCUUGUGACUGCAUGGGGGGAAAAAAUCUAACAGUAUGCUCCCUAAGAGGAAACAGCUAGCCACACACACAGAGGCUCUGGAGUGGGAAGUCUUCAAACCUGAGUUUGUGGAAAGCCCUGUUGUACAGUCUACCUCUCUCCCACUCAGUGUCUCCAUCAGGACUCCCAACCUCACUCAUUCACUCACUAAGUCCCUUCCUCAUUCCCUCUCUCGCACUCUUUCCCUACUUCCCUCUCACCCAGACCUUAUUAUAGUUUUGAGUUAUUGCAUAAUAGGCACGACGUGGGUUAUUCAGGGUCCAGUUACUUUUAUAGGUUUAUGGAGUUAUAUAAAUCCUACUUGCCUUCCUAGUUUUAUAUAAAUAGUUGUUAAUUGGAAUAGUUUUGUAUAUAAGGAGAGGGCUAUCAACCAACGUGAGUCGAGUUCAAUGCCUUUUAUAGUUUUGUGUAAAUAGUUCUUUCAUCUUUAUAAAAGGUGAUCACAGGAGUCGUGAGGGACCUCUGACCUUCUCAUCCAAUGGGUUUUGAGGAGGCGAGAGGAUGCAAGGAAUCAAGGAAAUGCAUUUGAGAUUCUAACCUUGAUAAAGUCUCACAUUCUCCUCAUCCGUCACCAGCCACCGUUCUAUAGCAGCACUGUAGACACUGUAAUCUUCUCUCUAACUAUAAGGCACAUGUGAGAGGAUUAUGCUUUAGCUGUAAGGAGAGGAAAGAAGGAGUGGAGGAGAGGACGUCCAGAGGUGAUAGGAGUGUGGAGAACAUGGGGAGGUGGUAGAGUAAUUAGUUGUGUGUUCAGUGAUUUACAAACCAUGGGAACAUGUAGGAAGGAACUUACCAACUUCCAGUAAAUCCUCCUCUCUGUUGGAUUCACAAAGAAACACACACACAACCAUCUUUUCUGUUAAUACAUUUAAAAUGCAGGCUGUAUCACAACAAAAUGUGGGAAAAGUCCAGGGGUAGAAUACUUUCUGAAUGCACUGUAAAUAGGGGACUUAACAUUUCACCAAAACACAACAUAAUGAUAUCUUCUCAAUGUAGUUGUUUUAACAACCAGUUAAUCCAAUUGUAAAAAAUGCUAGAUAUUUUUUUUUAAAUUGCCCUUUGAAUGUAAUAUGCUAUAGUAAUAUAAAUUACACAACAUUACACCAUUUUUACAUUAGGCAAUACACUUGCACUACCGACUGAAAAUCACAUUUCCAUCAUUUCUAUCCCAUGUGUUAUCAAAGUUGUGAUCCCUGAAGACAACGUUCACAAAAUGCAAAAAAAUAAAAUGUUUUGUUCCAAUAUAAUUACAAGAUAGGUGUACUGUAAUCAAAUUAAACAUAAAAUAAACAAUGUUUAGCAGGCACUAGUUUGCAUCCGGCCUGUCCUGAGCAUUUGGCCAUAGGUUCUCUUCGACAUUACUGUAAAUGUCCUCAUUGUUUAUGCAGCUGGGAAAAAAACUUUUGGCAUGGCGAAUCCAAGUGUGACAUUGGUCUGGAAAGAGGUCAUCGCAUGCCUCAUUCAUCGCCUGAAGGAGGGUGGCUCACUCAUGGGGAGUGUGCCUGUACUACACCUGUACUGUAGUCAUGUAUUGUAUUUUACAGUUUGUAUUGUACUUGUGUAUUGUAGUGUAUGUGACUCAGUAUGGAGCACGACUUUAGCAACACAAGAGUGGUGGGUACGAUUCCCACUGGGGUCACAUACGAAAAUGUGUGGAGUCACUGUUGUCACUUUGGAUAAAAGCGUCUGCCCCCAUCAAAAAGACCCCGGCAAUUUAAUUUUGGAUACAUGUUUACUGUUGUAAGGUUCUUAUUUUUCAGAGUAAAUUCACAGACACUAGAGAAGCUUG